AUGCCGCCCAAUCUACUGUACCAUGGUCGUUUGCUGUCGAUGAAAUCAGCCGCCGAGGAUGAAAGCAAUCUUGUUCUUUUCAUCCGACAUCAGCGCGCGGCUGAGAGCUUCCGGCAUCUGCUUUGGUCCCGGAGAGAGUCGAUCGCGGACUUGGUCAGAAGCCAUCUUCACCUGCGCAAAGACGAUGGCUGCACGGUUCUCACACCUGACUCGUGGAUCCAAGGCGGAUUCAAUAUUUGUGUCUUGAUCGAUAUCACAGUUGGUGGUAGCCCGACCAGACUUGUUUUCCGGUGUCCCAUGCCCCACAAACUAGCGGAAGCCCAGUAUCCUGGGACAAUCGAUGAAAAGGUGCGAUGUGAAGUCGCUGCCUAUAUAUGGAUGCAAGAGUACUGUUCCGACAUUCGAAUACCGAGACUCUAUGCCUUUGGUUUCGUCGAUGGUAGUCAGUUUACCCAUAUCAAGCAAGCACCCUUUUAUACGCGUAUUUCGCGAUAUCUCUGGAGAUGGAUGCACCGUAUCCUAGGUCUUCCGCUCCUCUCGAACUACGCUCCGACUCAGAAUCGAAGGGUAGUACCGGCCGUCCAUACACUUAUGGCGUACAUGCUUCUCGAAUAUAUCGGCCCGCAGACGGGUAAAAUGCUUUCCCUGACGUGGACGGAGCAUCUUCACGACUCGAUGCGACGAGCUCGUCUUUUCCAAGGCAUGUCCCGCAUCAUACUUUCACUCGCGCGUCUCCCACAACCGACUAUUGGAUCCUUCGUGUUCAACCCGAGUGAUUCCACCAUUACAUUGACGAACCGACCUCUGAUGUGUAACACGAUGAUAUUCGAGCACAGCGGGACUCCGCGAACCAUUCAGCCGUUCCAAACAUAUCAGGAUACAGACAGCUUUGUUUCGGAUAUGCUCACGCAGUAUGACAACCAUUUACUCCAUGAUCCUCACGCGGUGCGGGAUGAGGACGAUGCCCGCGAACGCAUGGCCAUCAGGACAUUACUUCGAGCCGUGUCGCAUCAUUUCAUAAAUCGCAGUCAACGAAGUGGUCCUUUCAUCCUCCAACUGACCGACUUCCAUCAAAGCAAUAUCUUUGUGGACGACGACUGGAAUAUCACUUGCCUGAUCGACCUUGAGUGGAUCUGUGCUCUCCCCGCGGAAAUUCUGUCAGUGCCGUACUGGCUUACGAACUGCAGUAUCGAUGAUAUCAUUGACGAACGGUACGACAAAUUCAAUGAGGCGCGACAAAUUUUCUUGGGCAUCAUGGAGGAUGAAGAGGCCAAGAAUUUGCAGCAUGAGCAUAACAACAUCCAGCUCACAAGGACAAUGAGAGACUCUUGGGUGUCUAAGCGAGUGUGGUUCUGGGCCUGCAUCAGAUCUCUCAAUGCCUGGCCCUUUAUAUUUGAGGAUCAUCUUCUUCCCAAAUUUUCCGCCGACAGAGAUUUGGUGGCCAAGGUGAAGCUGGUGUCGACCGUAUGGCAAGAGAAUGUGGAGCAAAUUGUGAAGACGAAAGUUGUUGAGGAAGAGAGGUAUCAGGAAGAGCUUCGGCGCCUUCUUGAAGAUGAUGAAGGACUAAAUAUUACGUCUUGA